GGUAGGCGGCGUGAAAGUGCAUUCACUGUUGAGUGAAUGCAAAAACAUUAGACAAAAUGGAGAACUUCAAUGUAGACCAGAUCCGUGCCACCAUGGACAAGAAGUCCAACAUCCGUAACAUGUCUGUAAUAGGAGCUUUUGAUCACGGCAAAUCAACUUUGACAGAUUGGCUGGUGUCAAAAGCUGGUAUCGUCAGCUCAGCCUGUGCUGGAGAAACCCGAUUUAUGGAUACGAGGCGUGAUGAACAAGAGCGUUGCAUCACCAUCAAGUCAACUGCUAUCUCCAUAUUCUAUGAGCUUGCUGAUAAGGAUUUGGCUUUCAUUAAAGAGUGCAAAGAUGGCUCCGGCUUCCUCCUCAACCUGAUUGACUCCCCUGGCCAUGUUGACUUCUCUUCAGAAGUUACAGCUGCACUGCGUAUCACAGAUGGAGCAUUGCUGGUGGUGGAUUGUGUGUCUGGUGUGUGCUUACAGACAGAGACUGUGCUCAGACAGGCCAUUGGUGAGAGGAUUAAACCAGUUUUGAUGAUUAACAAAAUGGAUCGAGCUUUGCUCGAGCUACAGUUGGGCCCUGAAGAGCUGUACCAGAUCUUUCAGCGCAUUGUUGAGAAAGUCAACGUGACCAUCUCCACCUAUGCUGAGGAUGAGAAAGGCCCUAUGGGCAACGUCAUGAUUGAUCCUCUCAUUGGUAAUCUUGCCUUUGGAUCUGGACUGCAUGGAUGGGCCUUCACUUUGAAGCAGUUUGCUGAGCUCUAUGUGAAAAAGUUCGCUGGUAAAGCUCAGCUGGGACCUGAAGAGUACAUCAAGAAGGUGGAGGACAUGAUGAAGAAACUUUGGGGCAACAGCUACUUUGACUCUACUACUGGCAAGUUCAGUGAGUCUGCGACAUCCCCAAAUGGCAAGAAGCUUCCCAGGACUUUUGUUCAACUAGUCCUGGACCCCAUCUUCAAAGUAUUUGAUGCCAUCAUGAACUUCAAAAAGGAAGAAACUGCAAAGCUGAUUGAGAAGAUGGGCAUCAAGCUAGAUGCAGAGGAGGAGAAGAUGGAGGGCAAACUCCUACUGAAGGCUGUGAUGCGCCGCUGGCUGCAGGCUGGAGAGGCUCUGCUUCAGAUGAUCACCAUCCACCUGCCCUCACCGGUUACUGCCCAGAUUUACCGCUGUGAGCUCCUGUAUGAAGGACCUGGAGAUGAUGAGGCUGCCAUGGGCAUCAAGAAUUGUGACCCUAAAGCACCUCUCAUGAUGUACAUUUCUAAAAUGGUACCAACAUCUGACAAAGGUUGUUUUUAUGCGUUUGGUCGCGUCUUCUCUGGCUGUGUCUCCACUGGCCUGAAUGUGCGCAUUAUGGGGCCCAACUUCACCCCUGGAAAAAAGGAUGAUCUUUACCUGAAACCCAUCCAAAGGACUGUUCUAAUGAUGGGUCGCUACGUUGAACCCAUUGAAGAUGUGCCCUGCGGCAAUAUUGUAGGUCUGUUAGGGGUGGAUCCGUUUUUGGUAAAGACUGGAACCAUCACUACUUUCACAAAAGCCUACAAUAUGCGUGUGAUGAAGUUUAGUGUCAGUCCUGUGGUGAGAGUGUCCGUGGAGGUCAUGGACCCUGCUGACCUUCCUAAACUGGUGGAGGGAUUGAAGCAUCUGGCCAAGUCAGAUCCCAUGUUGCAAUGCAUCUUCGAGGAUUCUGGUGAGCAUAUCAUUGCUGGAGCUGGUGAGCUUCACUUGGAGAUUUGCCUUAAGGAUCUUGAAGAGGUCCAUGGUCUCAAGAAAUCAGAUCUAUUUGCUACCUACAGAGAGACAGUCAGUGAUGGCUCCAAAAAAAUGUGCCUUGCCAAGACCCCAAACCAGCAAAGUCGUCUCUUCUUUAAAGCCUGUCCUCUGGCUGAUGGUCUUGCAGAAGAUAUUGAUAAGGGUCGGGUCACUGCCAGCCAGGAGAUGAAUGCCCGUGCCCAAUACCUUGCUGAAAACUAUAAGUGGGAAGUGACUGAAGCUCGUAAGAUCUGGUGCUUUGGCCCUGAGGGAACUGGACCCAACAUCUUGGUAGAUUUGACCAAGAGAGUGCAAUACUUGAAUGAGAUUAAGGACAGUGUGAUCGCUGGAUUUCAGUGGGUCACUAGAGAGGGAAUCUUGUGCGCAGAGAACAUGCGUGGCAUUCGCUUCGACAUUCAUGAUGCAACUUUGACUUCCACUGCCAUUCACCGUGGUCCAGGUCAAGUGAUUACUGCAACCCGCCGAGUGCUUUAUGGCUGUCAGCUCACAGCUGAACCAAGGCUUAGUGAGCCGGUAUACCUGGUGGAGAUGCAGUGCCCAGAGUCAGUUAUUGGUAUUAUUCAUGCUGUACUGGUCAGGAGGCGUGGAGUAGUGUUUUCAGAGUCCCAGGUUACGGGAACUCCUAUUUAUUUGCUCAAGGCUUACUUGCCUGUCAGUGAGUCAUUUGGUUUUACAGCUGACCUUUGUGCCAACACAUCUGGCCAAGCCUUCUCACAGUGUGUGUUUGAUCAUUGGCAGAUCAUGCCUGGAGACCCAUUGAAUACUACCUCCAAAACUGCUCAUAUUAUGGCUGACAUACGAAAGCGCAAGGGCUUGCCAGAAGCCAAUCUAGCUUUACAUCGCUUCUUGGACAAAUUUUAGGUUUACUGCACAGACUUUAAAUCUUGUAUUCAAGAACUUGAACCUUUUUUAAGUCAGACCACCCUAUAAUUCCCACAAAAAAACAACACUUUUUAGAGAAUAAACAGUUAAUUUUCAAAUGGUUCAGAUGUGUUAAACCAGGGGUGGCCAAUCCUGUUCUUGGAGAGCUACCUUCCUGCAGAUUUCAGUUGCUACCCAUAUCAAACACACCUGAACCAAUUAAUUAGGAUCUAAACACCAUGUGAUAAUUAUAGGCAGGUGUGUUUAAUAUGGGUUGUAACUGAAAUCUGCAGGAAGGUGGCUCUCCAGGAACAGGAUUGGACACCCCUGUGUUAAACGGUUCAACACAUCAUUCCUGAUAAUGAACUGGUAGGUUCUCUGAAAAUGACCAAGUUUAAUUCCUCUGUCUGAUCUCAAACCUAUAAUUUUAUUGGCUCAUGUAUGAAAAAUGGCAAGAGAUCAACCUGAGCAUUAAUGAAAAGCACUUUCCAAAUUAAAUUUUCAGACCAGGCAUGACCAAACUGUA